AGAUGAGGGUAGUGGCUACAAAAGGGACACAAGCACGCUGCUCAUUGUUCACUGGCAUCAUUGUUUGCCUGACCUCCCCAGCUGCUUAGCUAUGGCCCCCAAAAAAGCCAAGAAGAGAACAGCAGAGGGCGCCAACUCCAAUGUGUUCUCCAUGUUUGAACAGGCCCAAAUCCAGGAGUUCAAAGAGGCCUUCACCAUCAUGGACCAGAACAGAGAUGGCUUCAUCGACAAGAACGAUCUGAGGGACACAUUUGCUGCUCUAGGACGCCUAAAUGUGAAACAGGAAGAGAUUGAUGAAAUGCUCAAAGAGGCUCCCGGCCCAAUUAACUUCACCGUCUUCCUCACCAUGUUUGGAGAAAAGCUGAAAGGCGCUGAUCCAGAGGAGACCAUCCUCAAUGCUUUUAAAGUCUUUGACCCCGAGGGGAAAGGUGUACUGAGGAAGGACUAUGUGACACAAAUGCUGACGACGCAGGCAGACCGAUUCUCCCCUGAAGAGAUGGAACAGAUGUUCGCUGCCUUCCCCCCAGAUGUGGCAGGAAACCUUGACUACAAGAACCUUGUUCACAUCAUCACCCACGGAGAGGAAAAGGACCAGGAGUAAAAUCUUUUUGAGAUUUUUUGUUUGGGUUUUUUUUGGUCAGGCCCUUGAACAUGAUACAGACUGUGCUUUAUUUUCUAACAGCACAAGUGGAUCAACCCUUUUUUUUGUCUCUCUCUCUCUCUCUCUCUCUCCCUGGGAGGAAAAAAUUAACAGGGUGGGCAGAGCUGUCUUUUUCCUUUUUGGUUUCAGACCCACAAUUUACCUGCAACUAAAAAGAUUCUUUAGUAUCUCAGACUCUGAGUAUUUUUAGUGUACAGUAUUUUGUACAGACUCCAAAACACACAUCUGAUUUAUUUAUCAGAGAAAGCAUCAAAUUGUUUGGUCUCAGCGUGUUCAUUUAAUAAAUAUUUCAAGAAAAA